UACGGAUGUAAACACCGCUCGAUUCACGUGGAGGGAAAACUGACUAUGGCACCGAGACUGGAGCGUUUUGUUAGCCCGGGAAAAGGUAACGGUUUGCGGUCGACAGCCAGGAUCAAGAGAGGAGAGCUGGUGUACUCCGCCGAGCCGCUGGCCUGCUGUGUGUCCAACAGACUGGCUCGAGAUGUCUGCCACCGCUGCUUCACACGACGUGAGACAUUGUUGAGGUGUUCCCAGUGUAAGACGGCUCGGUACUGCAAUGCCACUUGCCAGAAACAAGCAUGGUCUAGCCAUAAGAGAGAGUGUAAAUGUCUGCGGAACCUGCUACCCAGAAUUCCCACUGAUUCAGUCCGUCUGGCUGCGAGACUCAUCUUUGCCUUGUUAAAUACAUCUAAGGGCAGUAGUGAAGAACUAUACACUUUGGGAGAGCAUGAAUCACACCUGAAUUCCAUGUCUGAACAGAAGGAACAAGGUUUGUCUCAGCUGGCUUCCAUGUUAGAGAUGUACCUACAACCGGAAAUACCUGACCUGGCACAGGAAAUGACAUCAGCACUGCCAUCCUCCUGCCAAGAACCUCUCAGCCUUAUUGCAAAGGUGACAUGUAAUUGUUUCACCAUCAGUGACGCAGAGCUGCAAGAGAUUGGAGUUGGGCUGUAUCCGAGUCUAUCUCUAUUAAACCAUGACUGCAGGCCAAACUGUGUGAUGGUGUUUGAGGGAACAAAACUGCAGCUCAGAGCUGUUCGAGAUAUCAACCCUGAAGAGGAGCUCACUAUAAGUUACAUCGAGACGUUAUCCCUGACUGAAGAUCGACAGAGACAGCUGGAGGACCAGUACCAUUUCACCUGCCACUGUCAGCGAUGCGACUCUCAAGACAAAGAUGGACUCAUGCUGUCUGGUGAAGAAGCAACAUGGCGCCUGUUGAAGGAGGCUCUACCCAGACUGGAAGGACAAAAGGCCGAUUCGGAUUGGCAAGCACUUCUCCAGAGCUGUAGUCAUUUAUUGUCAACCGUUGGUGGUGACGUGCCUGAUGAAAAUCUCUACAAGCUCAGAAUGACAGACAUGGCUUUAGAUGCCUCCAUCCACCUGGGACACUGGGAGGAAGCUUUGAGAUAUGGGGAGCAGACACUUCCAGGAUACAGACAGUACUUCCCUGAUCCCCAUCCGGUCCAUGGAGUCCAACUGAUGAGAGUUGGAAAGCUGCAACAUUACCUGGAGCACAUUGAGGACGCUUUGGACACAUUCAAACAGGCCUGUCAAAUCAUGAAGCUCACUCACGGUGAUGAUCACCCCUUGACCACUGAUUUGUUGAUGAAGAUGGAAGAAUGUCGCGCUGAGAUGGGUCAACAGUCAUCCAGCAGACACUAAUACACUGAUACAAUUGCUACUUGACUCCUUUUCAUGUAACUCAAUGUACAGAUUUUAUUUUCCAUCCUAAUGAGUGUUUUCAUUAACUUCA